GGGGUGGGGUGGAGGGACUCCAGUGGGCUCUGGGGUAUCUGAGCAUUUUGGGUGGCAGGGCCAAGAGAAUCUGGGCUCGUCCCUCUUGGCUUCUCUGGUAGGCAGGGUAACGGUCCCCUGCUGUGCCAUUCCGGGGAGGCUGAUCAGCAGGGCGGAGAGGCUCUGUCGUCCCCCCUCUCCCGGGGCCUGUGGUGGCCAGUGUCAGGACUGAGGUCCACUCUAUCCAUAUUGAGGAAGAGUUGGAGAGGGAGCUUCUGGAUGCAUGACUCCCCAAAAAGUAUCAGAUCAAGGCCCCUGACUGGUUCAGCGAAGGUGUGUGUGGGAAGAGAUUCAACAUGAACCGGUACCUCCCAGUAGCCCGGCAGCAUUUUCUAGCUGUGCUGGCCAGCACCAGUGUGGUAGUGAAGUCCAUCUGUGCCACUGUCAUCCUGCUCUACCUUCUAUCCUUUGCUGUGGACACUGUGUUCGGGCUCGGCGUGACUCCUGGUUACCUCUUUCCACCCAACUUUUGGAUCUGGACGUUGGCCACACACAGUGUGGUGGAGAAGCAUGUCUGGGAUGUUGGUGUGAGCCUGGCCACAGUAGUGCUGGCUGGUAGGCUGCUGGAGCCCCUGUGGGGAGCACUGGAGCUCCUGAUCUUCUUUGCAGUUGUGAAUAUCUCAGUGGGGCUUCUGGGAGCCUUUGCCUACUUUCUCACCUACGUGGGUUCCUUCAAUCUCUUGUACCUGUUUACUGUUCGCAUCCACGGCAUGCUGGGCUUCCUUGGUGGAGUCUUAGUGGCCCUCAAGCAGACCAUGGGCGACAGCACUGUCCUGAAGGUGCCCCAGGUGCGGAUGAAAGUGGUCCCUAUGCUCUUACUCCUUAUCCUGGCUGUUCUGAGGCUGACCACCCUAAUUGAAAGCAACCUGUUGGCUUCUUAUGGCUUUGGGGUCCUCUCCAGCUGGAUCUAUCUUCGUUUCUACCAGCGGCACAGUAGGGGACGUGGAGACAUGUCGGACCACUUUGCCUUUGCCACGUUCUUCCCCGAGAUCCUGCAGCCCGUGAUUGGUUUGGUGGCCAACUUGGUGCAUGGCAUCUUGGUGAAGGUAAAAGUUUGUCGGAAAACAGUGAAGCGUUAUGAUGUGGGUGCUCCUUCAUCCAUCACUAUCAGCCUGCCUGGAACAGACCCGCAGGAUGCUGAGAGGAGAAGACAACUCGCCCUGAAGGCACUGAAUGAGCGGUUGAAACGCGUGGAGGACCAGUCAGCGUGGCCCAGCAUGGAGGACAAUGAGGAUGAGGGAAGUGCCAAGGCGGACAGCCCGCUGCUCCCUGAGAAGAGCCAAAGUAGCUGGGAUGCCAGUGCUGCAGGGAAAGGAGCCAGCCAGGAGUCCAGUCUCAUCACCUUUGAGGACGCCUCCCCUCAGCUGUGACCUGUGAACACACCACCUCCCCUUCCCCAUCUCUGUGUGUCAGAGUGAUCCCUCAUAUCUUCUCUCACUCCUCUCUGCUCCCCAGUGAUGCUGUCUGCAGGGAGCAGGGGGACCCCUCCAGCAACCUCGAGGGGAGAGGGCUACCUCAUUCCAGCAUUUAAUAGCCACAGUUGGCGGAUGCCGUGUCUCUAGACUGUCUCUGGGUGGUAACUGUUAGCCAAUGCUGGCUCCUUGGAAGGGCUCUCUCUCCUAGCUGGGGCUCUGGUUCUCAUUCGCUUUUUUCUAUGGUGAUGUGAGGUUCCUCAAAGACACUAAUCAGGGCUGGGCAUCAACCACCGAGGGGGGUGGACUCACAUGUCUCUUCAGCACAGAACAUGGACUGUUCUGUCCAGAGAGGCCUUACGCUGGCCGCCUCUGCCAGUAGCCACCACUGGAGCUAGCUGACUGUGUACGCCUCAGUAGUGGCUGUGGCACUGUCUGGGCAGAGGCAUUGGUGUCAUCCGGCCUCAGGAUUUGCCAUGUACAUGGUUGGUCAGGUUCCGAUUUUGAAGCCUGUGUGCUAGACCACUAGAUGACCCUCACAGCAUCCCAGAGAGCAAACUCAGCAAGUGAUACAGUACUUUCUCUCUUUUACUUUUGUGGUGGUGGUUGUUAAAAGUACCCUGCAACUUCCUUUUUCCCUUUCAAAGUUAGUUUUCUUACUGCUCUGAGGAGCAGGAAAUUUUUCUUAAUCCCUUUGCUAUAUUAACCCUUUCCCCUCUGGCCCCGAUUAUCUGGCAAGAACUGACUAAGAUGAAUUCCUGAGUUGGGAAUUUGCUAUGAUCAUUAGAUAAGCCUGUUUAGCUACAAAGUAAGUGCUUAAUACCACUCUCUUGCUGCAGUUGCCUACCAUGAAUUAUUGACUGAAAAGCCUGGGGCCACAGAGCUUUGAGACUAGUCCAUGGACAUACAUCAACCCUAGUCUUUCUGUGGGAGUCCUAGAGGGGUUUAAUUUCAUUUGUGUUAUUGCUACUUUGUUUUUUCUCCAAUUUCUUUUGCAGUGAUUUAAAUUGUAACGCAGCCUCUGAACUGGGUGGGACCUGUGCGUUCACUGCUGCUUGGAUGAAUCAUCUGUGCAUUGAUUCUUUGUCAGAUUGCAAAUCUGUUUUAUGGUGGGGCUCUUGACAAUUCUUCCUUCUGUUUUUUCCCCUCCCUUUGAUUAAAAUGUUGGUUUCCCCUCUCCUUUUCCCCUCCUCUGUGCUGAUGGGCUUUUUUGGAGGGUAGGGGUGGGGAGCACUUAAUCUGGAAAAGCUUUCCUUGAGAACCAGCCCCACAAGACCAUGCCAUUCCAGCUUGUAUACUUCCCUGGGAGGCAGCUACCAAAUUGAGGAGUGUGCAUAUGUGAUGACUUUUUUUAAAGAGCCACACAAGAAGGUUUUGUCAACUGAGAAAUAAACAUACGGGAAUUUCAGUAUCAAUAAACAAUUAUUUCAAAGA